AUGCAAGGUAACUCGCCUGCAAGGGGCAGUAACUCGCCUGUGGGGAACAGUAACUCGCACGCAAGGGUCAGUAACACGCACGAAAGCUGGCGCGGCGUCGCCCGCUUGCCGUCCCGCGAGUCUGUCACUACGGACUUGUCGCUGUUUAGCGUCUCCAGCGCGGCCAGCGACGCGAGGGCACUAAGACUACUGGCAUGCAAGCGUCUCCAGCGCGGCCAGCGACGCGAGGGCACUAAGACUACUGGCAUGCAAGGUAACUCGCCUGCAAGGGGCAGUAACUCGCCUGUGGGGAACAGUAACUCGCACGCAAGGGUCAGUAACACGCACGAAAGCUGGCGCGGCGUCGCCCGCUUGCCGUCCCGCGAGUCUGUCACUACGGACUUGUCGCUGUUUAGCGUCUCCAGCGCGGCCAGCGACGCGAGGGCACUAAGACUACUGGCAUGCAAGGCCGGUCAGGGUCCGGAUCCGAACUUGCGAGUGGCCAGUCCACAUCCCGAAAGCAAGUUACAAAAACGGCCGUCGUCAGGGCUGCCCCUGCAGACGGCGGACGCGUGCAAGUCGCUGCUGGCGGGCUGCGCGGCCCUGUGCGCCGCGCUGGGGCUCCGGCGCUCGCUCAGCGCCGACGACGUCACCGCCGACAAGCCGCGCCCGCCACGCAGCGCCACAUCAGAAGUGGGGCUGUGCGCGGCGCUGGAAGCCCUCACGCUGAGCUCUGCCUCCCGAUCAUGCAGCACGUGGGUCGCAGUGGGCGGUUCGCAGCUGCCGUCGCCGCAGCGCGCAAGUGUCCAACCCGCACAGCGGCUACUCACCGAUAACAAAAAGAUCCGUCAGAGCUACAUAAAGCGGCGGCUGCUCACCACCUACAAGGCUUUGGAAAGAAUGUCACAAUCGGAGUUUAAUCUGGAUAAACUGGAGGCUGCGGCGGUCGCGUCGACGCUCACGUCGGGGGGCGGCGCGGGGCCCACCGUGCUAGCCGUGCCCACCGUGCCCGCCGUGCACGCCGUGCACGCCGUGCAAGCCGUGCAAGCCGUGCACGCCGCGCCCACCGCGCAUACACGCUUCGUGCACCCAGAGGCAUGUGCCCUCGCGCUGACGGCGGCCGACCUGGAGCGCGAGCGCGGCCGCCCCCUGAGCAAGUACGAGAGGAACAUGAUGAUCUUCAAUUGGCUUCACACCCUCGACGACCAGGCUCCUUUCUAGGCUUCCUAUUAUCUAACUGAAACCUAUAUUGGUCAAAGAGCAUAAAAAUAAGGAAUCACGAUAUAAAAUGACCCAUUUUCAUUGUAAAAUGCGUUAGAGUAAAAAUAAGGAGGAAUAGGGGCGACGCCCCCUAUCCUCCUUCAGCAAGUACUAAAGGAAUAUGAUGCUCUUCAACUAGCUGCAUACCCUAGACCAAUAGGCACCUUUCUAGGCUUCCUAGUAACAGAGAUUUAUUUGGAAAGGCAAAAAAAUAAGGAAUUUCGCUAUAAAACAACCCGUUUUUAUUGCAAAAAAAGUAAAAAAAGGAGGAAUAGGGGCGACGCCCCCUAACCUCCUUCAGCAACUACGAAAGGAAUAUGAUGACCUUCAACUAGCUGUAUACCCUCAACGACCAGACACCUAUAGGUAUCCUAGAAACCUUCUAGGCUACUCAAGAAAAGAAGAGUCAAAGAGUGCUUUGUUGAAAUGAUCCCAAAAAUGACCCAUUGCAAUUUGCGUUAGACUACAGUCACCAAACUGUAAAACAUAAUCAUUGUUAACAUUUUGUGGGAGACUUGCGAAAAAAAUGUCUCACGAUAUAAAUUUACAGUACCUAAAGGGAAGAAUCUCGCUAUUAUCAUAUAAUUAUUACGUUAAGCAUACUGUAGUAAUAAAUAAGUAAGCAUAGGGGCAAAGCCCCCUAGUUUUCUUUCCUUGAUAAAAAAAAUAUACAUAAGUAUACGUACAAAAAGGGGCGACGCCCCUUAGUCUCCUUGACCAAGCACGAACACAAUUAUGAUGAAUUGAUGACAUUUUAUUGCAAGAAAAUGUAACGACUAACAUAGUACAUUAUAAAUAUAUUUAAAGAAAGGGAGCGAUGCCCCAUAGCCUCCUUUAAAAAGUACAAGCACAAAUAGAACAAAGGGCAUUGCCCUUUAACCUCCUUGAGCAAGACCUACAUAUAGUUUGAAUGUUCUCAAAUGAUUUUUACGCCAAAGAACCUAAUCUGAUAAA